AUGGCGGUCGGGGUGACUCCGGGCCGCCCCUGGGCUCCGUGUCCGGGACCUGCGGGGGACGGCGGUCGGGGUGACUCCGGGCCGCCCCUGGGCUCCGUGUCCGGGACCUGCAGGGACGGCGGUCGGGGUGACUCCGGGCACCUGGGCUCUGUGUCCGGGACCUGCGUGGACAGCGGUCGGGGUGACUCCGGGCACCUGGGCUCUGUGUCCGGGACCUGCGGGGACGGCGGUCGGGGUGACUCCGGGCCGCCCCUGGGCUCCGUGUCCGGGACCUGCGGGGACGGCGGUUGGGGUGACUCCGUACACUUGGGCUCCCUGUCCGGGACCUGCGGGGACGGUGGUCGGGGCUACUCCGGGCCGCCCCUGGGCUCCCUGUCCGGGACCUGCGGGGACGGCGGUCGGGGCGACUCGGGGCCGCACCUGGGCUCCGUGUCCGGGACCUGCAGGGCCGGCGGUCGGGGUGACUCCGGGCACUUGGGCUCCCUGUCCGGGACCUGCGGGGACGGUGGUCGGGGCGACUCUGGGCCGCCCCUGGGCUCCCUGUCCGGGACCUGCGGGGACGGCGGUCGGGGUGACUCCGGGCACCUGGGCUCCCUGUCCGGGACCUGCGGGGACGGCGGUCGGGGUGACUCCGGGCCGCCCCUGGGCUCCGUGUCCGGGACCUGCAGGGACGGCGGUCGGGGUGACUCGGGGCUGCCCCUGGGCUCCGUGUCCGGGACCUGCGGGGACGGCGGUCGGGGUGACUCCAGGCACUUGGGCUCUGUGUCCGGGACCUGCGGGGACGGCGGUCGGGGUGACUCCGGGCCGCCCCUGGGCUCCGUGUCCGGGACCUGCGGGGACGGCGGUCGGGGUGACUCCGUACACUUGGGCUCCCUGUCCGGGACCUGCGGGGACGGCGGUCGGGGUGACUCCGGGCCGCCCCUGGGCUCCGUGUCCGGGACCUGUGGGGACGGCGGUCGGGGUGACUCGGGGCUGCCCCUGGGCUCCGUGUCCGGGACCUGCGGGGACGGCGGUCGGGGUGACUCCGGGCACUUGGGCUCCGUGUCCGGGACCUGCGGGGACGGCGGUCGGGGUGACUCCGGGCCGCCCCUGGGCUCCGUGUCCGGGACCUGCGGGGACGGCGGUCGGGGUGACUCCGGGCACUUGGGCUCCCUGUCCGGGACCUGCGGGGACGGCGGUCGGGGUGACUCCGGGCACCUGGGCUCCGUGUCGGGGACCUGCAGGGCCGGCGGUCGGGGUGACUCCGGGCACUUGGGCUCCCUGUCCGGGACCUGCGGGGACGGUGGUCGGGGCGACUCUGGGCCGCCCCUGGGCUCCCUGUCCGGGACCUGCGGGGACGGCGGUCAGGGUGACUCCGGGCACCUGGGCUCCCUGUCCGGGACCUGCGGGGACGGCGGUCGGGGUGACUCCGGGCACUUGGGCUCCGUGUCCGGGACCUGCGGGGACGGCGGUCGGGGUGACUCCGGGCCGCCCCUGGGCUCCGUGUCCGGGACCUGCGGGGACGGCGGUCGGGGUGACUCGGGGCCGCCCCUGGGCUCCGUGUCCGGGACCUGCGGGGACGGCGGUCGGGGUGACUCGGGGCCGCCCCUGGGCUCCGUGUCCGGGACCUGCGGGGACGGCGGUCGGGGUGACUCGGGGCCGCCCCUGGGCUCCCUGUCCGGGACCUGCGGGGACGGCGGUCGGGGUGACUCCGUACACUUGGGCUCCCUGUCCGGGACCUGCGGGGUCGGCGGUCGGGGUGACUCCGGGCCGCCCCUGGGCUCAGUGUCCGGGACCUGCGGGGACGGCGGUCGGGGUGACUCCGUACACUUGGGCUCCCUGUCCGGGACCUGCGGGGACGGCGGUCGGGGUGACUUGGGGCCGCCCCUGGGCUCCGUGUCCGGGAACUGCGGGGACGGCGGUCGGGGUGACUCCGGGCACCUGGGCUCCGUGUCCGGGACCUGCGGGGACGGCGGUCGGGGCGACUCGGGGCCGCACCUGGGCUCCGUGUCAGGGACCUGCGGGGACGGCGGUCGGGGCUACUCCCGGCCGCCCCUGGGCUCCGUGUCCGGGACCUGCGGGGACAGCGGUCGGGGCGACUCGGGGCCGCACCUGGGCUCCGUGUCCGGGACCUGCGGGGACAGCGGUCGGGGCUACUCCGGGCACUUGGGCUCCCUGUCCGGGACCUGCGGGGAUGGCGGUCGGGGUGACUCCGGGCCGCCCCUGGGCUCCGUGUCCGGGACCUGCGGGGACGGCCUUCGGGGUGACUCCGGGCCGCCCCUGGGCUCCCUGUCCGGGACCUGCGGGGACGGCGGUCGGGGUGACUCCGGGCACCUGGGCUCCGUGUCCGGGACCUGCGGGGACGGCGGUCGGGGCGACUCGGGGCCGCACCUGGGCUCCGUGUCAGGGACCUGCGGGGACGGCGGUCGGGGCUACUCCGGGCCGCCCCUGGGCUCCCUGUCCGGGACCUGCGGGGACGGCGGUCGGGGCGACUCGGGGCCGCACCUGGGCUCCGUGUCCGGGACCUGCGGGGACAGCGGUCGGGGCUACUCCGGGCACUUGGGCUCCCUGUCCGGGACCUGCGGGGAUGGCGGUCGGGGUGACUCCGGGCCGCCCCUGGGCUCCGUGUCUGGGACCUGCGGGGGACGGCGGUCGGGCGGUCGGGGUGACUCCGGGCACCUGGGCUCUGUGUCCGGGACCUGCGGGGACGGCGGUCGGGGUGACUCCGGGCCGCCCCUGGGCUCCGUGUCCGGGACCUGCGGGGACGGCGGUUGGGGUGACUCCGUACACUUGGGCUCCCUGUCCGGGACCUGCGGGGACGGCGGUCGGGGUGACUCCGGGCACCUGGGCUCCCUGUCCGGGACCUGCGGGGACGGCGGUCGGGGUGACUCCGGGCCGCCCCUGGGCUCCGUGUCCGGGACCUGCGGGGACGGCGGUCGUGGUGACUCCGUACACUUGGGCUCCCUGUCCGGGACCUGCGGGGACGGCGGUCGGGGUGACUCCGGGCCGCCCCUGGGCUCCGUGUCCGGGACCUGCGGGGACGGCGGUCGGGGUGACUCGGGGCCGCCCCUGGGCUCCGUGUCCGGGACCUGCGGGGACGGCGGUCGGGGUGACUCCGGGCACUUGGGCUCCGUGUCCGGGACCUGCGGGGACGGCGGUCGGGGUGACUCCGGGCCGCCCCUGGGCUCCGUGUCCGGGACCUGCGGGGACGGCGGUCGGGGUGACUCCGGGCACUUGGGCUCCCUGUCCGGGACCUGUGGGGACGGCGGUCGGGGUGACUCCGGGCACCUGGGCUCCGUGUCGGGGACCUGCAGGGCCGGCGGUCGGGGUGACUCCGGGCACUUGGGCUCCCUGUCCGGGACCUGCGGGGACGGUGGUCGGGGCGACUCUGGGCCGCCCCUGGGCUCCCUGUCCGGGACCUGCGGGGACGGCGGUCAGGGUGACUCCGGGCACCUGGGCUCCCUGUCCGGGACCUGCGGGGACGGCGGUCGGGGUGACUCCGGGCACUUGGGCUCCGUGUCCGGGACCUGCGGGGACGGCGGUCGGGGUGACUCGGGGCUGCCCCUGGGCUCCGUGUCCGGGACCUGCGGGGACGGCGGUCGGGGUGACUCGGGGCCGCCCCUGGGCUCCGUGUCCGGGACCUGCGGGGACGGCGGUCGGGGUGACUCCGGGCCGCCCCUGGGCUCCGUGUCCGGGACCUGCGGGGACGGCGGUCGGGGUGACUCGGGGCCGCCCCUGGGCUCCCUGUCCGGGACCUGCGGGGACGGCGGUCGGGGUGACUCCGUACACUUGGGCUCCCUGUCCGGGACCUGCGGGGUCGGCGGUCGGGGUGACUCCGGGCCGCCCCUGGGCUCAGUGUCCGGGACCUGCGGGGACGGCGGUCGGGGUGACUCCGUACACUUGGGCUCCCUGUCCGGGACCUGCGGGGACGGCGGUCGGGGUGACUCGGGGCCGCCCCUGGGCUCCGUGUCCGGGAACUGCGGGGACGGCGGUCGGGGUGACUCCGGGCACUUGGGCUCCGUGUCCGGGACCUGCGGGGACGGCGGUCGGGGUGACUCCGGGCACCUGGGCUCCGUGUCCGGGACCUGCGGGGACGGCGGUCGGGGCGACUCGGGGCCGCACCUGGGCUCCGUGUCAGGGACCUGCGGGGACGGCGGUCGGGGCUACUCCGGGCCGCCCCUGGGCUCCGUGUCCGGGACCUGCGGGGACGGCGGUCGGGGCGACUCGGGGCCGCACCUGGGCUCCGUGUCCGGGACCUGCGGGGACAGCGGUCGGGGCUACUCCGGGCACUUGGGCUCCCUGUCCGGGACCUGCGGGGAUGGCGGUCGGGGUGACUCCGGGCCGCCCCUGGGCUCCGUGUCCGGGACCUGCGGGGACGGCGGUCGGGGUGACUCCGGGCACCUGGGCUCUGUGUCCGGGACCUGCGUGGACAGCGGUCGGGGUGACUCCGGGCACCUGGGCUCUGUGUCCGGGACCUGCGGGGACGGCGGUCGGGGUGACUCCGGGCCGCCCCUGGGCUCCGUGUCCGGGACCUGCGGGGACGGCGGUUGGGGUGACUCCGUACACUUGGGCUCCCUGUCCGGGACCUGCGGGGACGGCGGUCGGGGUGACUCCGGGCACCUGGGCUCCCUGUCCGGACCUGCGGGGACGGCGGUCGGGGUGACUCCGGGCCGUCCCUGGGCUCCGUGUCCGGGACCUGCGGGGACGGCGGUCGGGGUGACUCCGGCCGGCGGUCGGGGUGACUCCGGGCACUUGGGCUCCCUGUCCGGGACCUGCGGGGACGGUGGUCGGGGCGACUCUGGGCCGCCCCUGGGCUCCCUGUCCGGGACCUGCGGGGACGGCGGUCAGGGUGACUCCGGGCACCUGGGCUCCCUGUCCGGGACCUGCGGGGACGGCGGUCGGGGUGACUCCGGGCACUUGGGCUCCGUGUCCGGGACCUGCGGGGACGGCGGUCGGGGUGACUCCGGGCCGCCCCUGGGCUCCGUGUCCGGGACCUGCGGGGACGGCGGUCGGGGUGACUCGGGGCCGCCCCUGGGCUCCGUGUCCGGGACCUGCGGGGACGGCGGUCGGGGUGACUCGGGGCCGCCCCUGGGCUCCGUGUCCGGGACCUGCGGGGACGGCGGUCGGGGUGACUCGGGGCCGCCCCUGGGCUCCCUGUCCGGGACCUGCGGGGACGGCGGUCGGGGUGACUCCGUACACUUGGGCUCCCUGUCCGGGACCUGCGGGGUCGGCGGUCGGGGUGACUCCGGGCCGCCCCUGGGCUCAGUGUCCGGGACCUGCGGGGACGGCGGUCGGGGUGACUCCGUACACUUGGGCUCCCUGUCCGGGACCUGCGGGGACGGCGGUCGGGGUGACUCGGGGCCGCCCCUGGGCUCCGUGUCCGGGAACUGCGGGGACGGCGGUCGGGGUGACUCCGGGCACCUGGGCUCCCUGUCCGGGACCUGCGGGGACGGCGGUCGGGGUGACUCCGGGCACCUGGGCUCCGUGUCCGGGACCUGCGGGGACGGCGGUCGGGGUGACUCCGGGCCGCCCCUGGGCUCCGUGUCCGGGACCUGCGGGGACGGCGGUCGGGGUGACUCCGGGCACCUGGGCUCCCUGUCCCAGGACCUGCGGGGACGGCGGUCGGGGACCUGCGGGGACGGCGGUCGGGGUGACUCCGGGCCGCCCCUGGGCUCCCUGUCCGGGACCUGUGGGGACGGCGGUCGGGGUGACUCCGGGCACCUGGGCUCCGUGUCCGGGAACUGCGGGGAUGGCGGUCGGGGUGACUCCGGGCCGCCCCUGGGCUCCCUGUCUGGGACCUGCGGGGACAGCAGUCGGGGUGACUCCGGGCACCUGGGCUCCCUGUCCGGGACCUGCGGGGACGGCGGUCGGCUUAUCCUGGUGCCUUCUCCUCAUGAGCUUAAUCUGGAGAGUGCAGGGGGAGGCCACUGUGCUUGUAAACACGGAGGGCACAUGGACGCCUUUCUGGGGGCUGUCAGAGUUUUUAACAACCUGGAGGAUGAGAUCUAUGGCUUCAGCCCCCCAAAUAUGAAUGAACUGUCCAGUACCAGGAGAUCGGGGUGA